GCCAUCUUGUCUUUUAGCCGUGAGAGAGAGAGCAGCGGCUGCGCUGGAGAAACCGAUCAAACUCUUUUCUCUUAUUAAUAUUUCUAUUACGAGAUGUCAAAACGGCAUCGGUUGGAUUUAGGCGAUGAUUAUUCGUCGAGCAAGAAGAGGUCUUCUGACAGUAAGGACCGUGACCGAGAUCGGGACGACCGGUCGAAGGAUCGGGACCGUGAUCGUGACAGAGACCGUGAUCGAGACCGGGAUCGAGACAGCAAGGUGUCCAGUGCGCCCCUCAGCUCCGGCGUGCCCGGCGGCGGGAUGCUCACGCUCAAGCAGACGGCCAUGCAACAGCAGAUCAACCCCUUCACCAACCUGCCUCACACGCCGCGCUUCUUUGAGAUCCGCAAGAAGAGGCUGCAGCUGCCCGUCUGGGAGUACAAAGAACGCUUCAAUGACAUCCUCAACCGGCAUCAAAGCUUUGUGCUCGUUGGAGAGACAGGCUCUGGAAAGACCACACAGAUCCCUCAGUGGUGUGUGGACAUGGUGAGGGCCCUUCCCGGCCCCAAGCGCGGCGUGGCUUGUACACAGCCACGUAGGGUGGCAGCCAUGAGUGUGGCUCAGAGAGUGGCUGAUGAAAUGGACAUCAUGCUGGGCCAGGAGGUCGGAUACUCCAUCAGAUUUGAGGAUUGUAGCUCUGCAAAGACCAUACUGAAAUAUAUGACAGACGGUAUGUUGCUCCGCGAGGCUAUGAACGACCCGCUGCUGGAGCGAUACGGUGUCAUUAUUCUCGAUGAGGCUCACGAGCGCACCUUAGCCACAGAUAUUUUGAUGGGCGUCCUCAAAGAAGUGGUCCGGCAGAGAUCCGACCUUAAGGUCAUUGUAAUGAGUGCCACUCUGGAUGCUGGAAAGUUCCAGGUUUAUUUCGACAACUGCCCCUUGCUGACCAUUCCCGGCCGGACGCAUCCCGUGGAGAUCUUCUACACGCCCGAGCCGGAGAGGGACUACCUGGAAGCGGCCAUUCGCACGGUCAUCCAGAUCCACAUGUGUGAGGAAGAUGAGGGAGAUGUGCUGCUCUUCCUCACCGGACAGGAGGAAAUCGACGAAGCCUGCAAACGGAUCAAACGUGAGAUUGACGAUCUCGGCCCUGAUGUUGGCGACAUCAAAAUCAUCCCGCUCUACUCCACGCUGCCACCACAGCAACAGCAGAGGAUCUUCGAGCCGCCUCCUCCCCGCAAACCCAGCGGAGCCAUCGGCAGAAAGGUUGUGGUUUCGACAAACAUCGCUGAGACGUCCCUGACCAUCGAUGGCGUGGUGUUUGUAAUUGAUCCUGGCUUUGCCAAGCAAAAGGUGUAUAACCCUCGCAUUCGAGUCGAGUCGCUGCUCGUGACGGCUAUUAGUAAGGCUUCGGCCCAGCAGAGAGCUGGCCGUGCUGGACGUACGCGCCCAGGAAAGUGCUUCCGGCUCUACACCGAGAAGGCCUACAAGACUGAGAUGCAGGACAACACAUACCCUGAGAUUCUCAGGUCGAAUUUGGGCUCUGUGGUGCUACAGCUCAAGAAGCUCGGUAUCGAUGACCUAGUGCACUUUGACUUCAUGGACCCACCAGGUGUUGCCAAGACUGCAGACCACGAGUCGGUGCAGUGGUGCUAUGAUAACUUCGUUAACUACCGCUCGCUGAUGUCGGCUGAUAACGUGCGGCAGCAGCUCUCACGCAUCAUGGACCGCUUCAGCCUGCCGCGACGCAGCACAGAGUUCACCAGCCGAGACUAUUACAUCAACAUCCGCCGUGCUCUCGUCACAGGCUUCUUCAUGCAGGUUGCUCACCUGGAGCGCACCGGCCACUAUCUCACAGUGAAGGACAACCAGGUGGUCCAGUUGCACCCUUCCACCGUACUGGACCACAAGCCCGAGUGGGUUCUCUAUAACGAGUUUGUGCUGACCACCAAGAACUACAUCCGCACCUGCACUGAUAUCAAACCCGAAUGGCUGGUGAAAAUCGCUCCAGGAUACUACGAAAUGAGCAACUUCCCUCAAUGCGAGGCUAAGAGGCAACUGGAGCGCAUCGUCACUAAACUUCAAACUAAGGAGUACUCUCAAUACUGAACCUGCGCAGCGGUGGAAGGACUGUACGUUUUGAAUUCAAUAUGCGCUGUGCAAUGCUUCUGAAGUUGUACAUCGUCAUACGUCGACAUUAGGUUUCCGUCUGUGUUUCAUUUUCUGUUUUGAUUUGUCAUCAAGAUAUAAUUAUUUUUUUAUAACUCUUUGCUCCCGGCUCUGCCUCGUGUUUUGGCACCUGGUGAAAGCAUACUGUUUAAUUGGUCACUCUAGGCACUAAGGAUUGGUUGGGAGCAAAUGCUUAACAGGGAUAAACACCAUCAACCGUUUUUGCAUGAGCAUUCAUGUGGAUGUUGACAUUCCUUAUCGACAUUGAGAACUUCCUGCUAUGUUAUUGGGUAGAAAAAUCCCUGUUUAUUCUGUGAAGGAGCUUUUACUUCGGUAAUAAAAUACCUUGAUAUCA